CCCACAAACAGACACCUGAAUUGAAGCUAAGACGCAGUAGGACACACAUACCUCAAAAUAAAUGAGUUGUUAACGAUGUAAAGGUGUGUUAAUAGAGAAAGGAGCGAGGUCAGUCCACUGUGACUGUGACAGACUGAUGAUCUAUAACAUAUCACAUCAGUGCAGCCUGUAUGUAAAGUAGAUGGGGUUGUUGUGAGUGUGUGUGUGUAUGAGUGUGUGUGUGUUGUGUGUUUAAUUUCAGAAGUGACUAUAGAAGGCUACACAUACCUAAACUCAUGGGCCUGAAACAUUCCCAGCCCCAGCUGUUCCCGGGGGACAUCGUGGAGUACCCCAGGAACAAAUACUUCUCUCAUUUCGCGGUGUACUACGGAGAAAGAGACGGCGUUCCCUACGUUGCUCACCUGACGUGUCGAGAUUCAGACUCCAAGCUGCCGCUGUUUGGCCGAGCUCUGAGGUCAGAGGUCAAACUGGAUCCACUGGAGCUGCUGGGGAAGAAAUACAAGGUCAACAACAUGCUGGACGACUCGUUCUCGGCCAGAGACUUCCACAGCGUGGUGAAGCCGGCCAUCGAGGACCUGAUGGGCCGCGAGGUCACGUUCGACAUCCUGUUUCAUAACAGCGAGCACCAGGCGACGCUCCUCAGAUACGGAGUCAAGAAGUCUGAGCAGAUAGAGAGGAUUUACGAGCACAUCAUGCCCGCCUGGAAGAAGCUGUUUGCUGAGAAGAAACUGUGAAAACGGCGUCACGUGCAGUUCUCACCUCGACCACCAGGGGGCGACGUUGUUCCCCGAGUUCAAGAAGAAGGUUACGUGGAAAUAAGAGAGAUUUUAAAUGAGAUAUCACGAUUUAAGUUGUAGUAUUUAGAGAAAAAAGUUGUUUUGGAUUGAGUAGAUUAGCCGGCAGGUGCACACUGACUUUUAAUAUUUGUGUUAAUUGUUAAAUUCAUUAAUUUAAACCAGAUAUGGGAUUUUAAGGUCAUAUUUUUGAGAAAGAAUUUGGAAAUUUAAGUCAUAUUUUUGAGAAUUACAAGAACUAUUUGUAAAUUUGUAAUAUUUAAUAUUAAAUCUACAUGAAAAGAGAUCCUGUUGUAAGGAUAAAGUUAUAAUUUUAGAUAAUCUGUUGUAGUGAUAUUAUAGCUUCUUCUCAUGAAACUACUUAGUUUUUUCUCAAAAUAUUGACUUUGUUCCCAAAAUGGUUGAAAGAAAUAUCCAAAUCUCUAUUUUUUUUAGGAUUUAAUAUGACAAAUGAUCUAAUUUUUGCAUGUAUGUGGCGGCAUCCUUUGUCCAAAUGUUUAAAUGCUACAAA